GGCGCGGCGAGCGGCGCGGCGGAUGGAGAGUCUGGCCGCGGCCGGCGGCGCCGCCUCCUCGUCGGGCCGGGUACAGCGGGCCGGGGCCUUUGUGUGAGCCGGCGGCGGCGAUGGUGCUCGGGCCCCGCGGAACCGGAUUAACUGUGCUGAUAAGGAGGCAACUUCAUAGGAGCUGCUAAGAUGGGCAUGAGGAUCAAACUGCAAAGCACCAACCACCCCAAUAACCUGCUGAAGGAACUCAACAAGUGUCGGCUCUCAGAGACCAUGUGCGAUGUCACCAUUGUGGUGGGGAGCCGCUCCUUCCCAGCCCAUAAGGCUGUACUGGCCUGUGCAGCUGGCUACUUCCAGAACCUCUUCCUGAAUACUGGACUUGAUGCUGCCAGGACCUACGUGGUAGACUUCAUUACUCCUGCCAACUUUGAGAAGAUUCUGAGCUUUGUCUAUACAUCAGAGCUCUUCACAGACCUGAUCAAUGUUGGCGUUAUCUAUGAGGUAGCUGAGCGUUUGGGCAUGGAGGACCUCCUCCGGGCCUGUCACUCUACCUUUCCUGACCUGGAGAGCACAGCUGUGACCAAGCCUCUGACCAGCACCAGUGACAACCAGUCUGGUACCCUGAGUUGUCCCUCAGUAGAUCCUGCCCAUCCCCUUGGAGAACUCCGGGGUGGUGGUGAGCACUUUGGUCCUGAUAAAAACUAUGUGUUGUCCAGUGAUGUGGGAGGAAGCUAUAAAGAGGAAGAAAGAAAUGUUGCCAGUGAUGCUAAUCAUAGCCUGCCUCUGCCACAACCAUCAUUGCCACCAAAGACAGAAGACCAUGAUGUCUCUGCUCCUUUCACGUCUGUUUCUAGUAUGGUGACCCAGCCAGUCCUAGGCACUGUUAGCACAGGCAUCCAGACCAACACAAGCUCUUGCCAACCAUACAAAGUUCAAAGCAAUGGAGAUUUCAGUAAAAAUAGCUUCUUCACCCCUGACAAUGCAAUAGACAUUACCACUGGGACUAAUUCCUGUAUGAGCAAUAGUGACCACGCCAAAGAUCCAGGCUUUGGGCAGAUAGAUGAGCUCCAGCUAGAGGACCUGGGGGACGAUGACUUGCAAUUUGAAGACACUGCUGAGGAGAUUGGGACAGCUGAGGAGGUGAUUGAGCUGAGUGAUGACAGUGAGGAUGAGCUUUUUGGAGAGAAUGAUAACAGAGAGAAUAAAGCUAUGCCCUGCCAGGUGUGCAAGAAAGUUCUAGAGCCCAACAUUCAGCUGAUCAGGCAACAUGCUCGGGACCAUGUGGACCUGCUGACAGGUAACUGCAAGGUCUGUGAGACCCACUUCCAGGACCGAAACUCUCGGGUGACCCAUGUUCUGUCCCAUAUUGGUAUUUUCCUCUUCUCUUGCGACAUGUGUGAAACAAAGUUCUUCACCCAGUGGCAGCUAACCCUUCACCGACGGGAUGGAAUAUUUGAGAAUAACAUCAUUGUUCAUCCCAAUGAGCCCCUGCCUGGGAAGCUGGGUCUCUUUUCAGGGGCAACCUCCCCAGAGUUGAAAUGUGCUGCUUGUGGGAAAGCAUUGGCCAAAGAUUUCCAUGUGGUCCGAGGACACAUCCUUGACCAUCUGAACUUGAAGGGCCAGGUGUGCAGUGUCUGUGACCAGCGCCACCUCAACCUUUGCAGCCUCAUGUGGCACACACUCUCCCAUCUGGGCAUUUCGGUCUUCUCCUGCUCUGUCUGUGCCAGCAGCUUUGUGGACUGGCACCUACUAGAGAAGCACAUGGCUGUACACCAAAGCCUGGAAGAUGCCCUUUUCCGCUGCCACUUGUGCAGCCAGAGCUUCAGGUCAGAGGCCGCCUAUCGCUACCAUGUCAGCCAGCAUAAGUGCAACAGCAGCCUUGACAUGAGGCCUGGCUUGGGGCUACAGCACUCAGCCCUACAGAAGCGGAAGCUACCAGCAGAGGAGUUCCUGAGUGAGGAUCUGGCUCUGCAGGGCCAACCUGGGAAUAGCAAGUACAGCUGCAAGGUCUGUGGCAAAAGGUUCGCCCACACAAGUGAGUUCAACUACCACCGGCGGAUCCACACAGGCGAGAAGCCAUACCAGUGUAAGGUGUGCCACAAGUUCUUCCGAGGCCGCUCGACCAUCAAAUGCCACCUCAAGACACACUCCGGGGCACUCAUGUACCGCUGCACUGUCUGUGGCCACUACAGUUCCACCCUUAACCUCAUGAGCAAACAUGUUGGUGUGCACAAAGGCAGCCUGCCACCUGACUUCACCAUUGAGCAAACCUUCAUGUACAUUAUCCAUUCCAAAGAGGCCGAAAAGACCCCAGACAGCUGACUGGUCCCAGUAGAGCCAGCGGGAGCUUCCAGGUAGCAGCCAGGGUAGUGAUUUUCUAAUGGCUGUCGGUCCCUCCUCAGCUGGCACUACAGUUUUGCCUUGCUAGGAAUUCUAUUCUGUGUUGUGUUCAAAGGAGAAGAAAAAAGAAAUAAAUAGCACAUAAACUGUUUUUGAGAAGCAACGGCCCUAUCGCUUUUACCUCCAUACCUGUUCUUGCCCCCACAGGGCUGUUUUUGAUUCUUUUGAGGCUGGUUUUGGGAUCUAGUCAAGCGUUUGUGUCAGCUAGAUCCCUUUCCCCAGCCUGUCUAGUUUUAGUUUACUGAUAGGUUUCAUGCUGCUAAGAAUCCAACCAACAGCCUCACUGGAAGGAAGAGGUGGAGAGAGGUUUUCACUGUGGGUAUUAGGGCCAGACCUCUAACUGGGAUGACCAGCUAUGAGAAGGAUUUGGGGAAUGUGGUCAUUUGGAAAAGACUGGUCCGCAGGGCUGCUCACUUCAGGUUCGAGGGCCAGCUCUUAGCAGGGGAAAGGUGUCAGGGAUGGAGGUGCCUACCUGCUCCAUGGCCCCAAUCUGCUGACUGGACAAUGAAAAACUUUUGGCAACUAAAUCCAAAAUGGGGACAAAGCUUUCUAUUUAUGUCGGAAAGCUUUGGGAUAACUCUGCUAGCAGAAGGGGUGUCCUGUAGUGCUGUCUGGGUGGACAAGAGAGGAAGCUCCCUUUUCUCAUUUCCAAAGAAACAGGCCUUCCCUGUGGAGCAGAGUAAGGGGAUAUAAUCAUCUGUCAUUCUGGCAACCUCCAGUAACCUUGAGUUUCCUGGUGGAGAGAGGGGAGGUCUGACAGCAGCAUCCUUGCCUUAAUUUACAUCAGUUUCCCACCCAGAAGGUUUGGCCUGUAGGGUAGAUGGGAAGACCCAGGAGGAGGUGGAGUGGUAGUACAUUGUGAGCCCCUGAGGAUUAAAGGGACCUGAGUAAUUGGUAUGUAGCAGGGUGUGCAUUCUGACUGUCUGUCCCAGUCGGGUAACCUGUAGUUUACUUUUGUGCUGACAGUGCUGGAGCUUUGGCAGCUCACCUUUGACCUGCUGGAAUUGAUCUCGAUCUGUCUUUGCAUCAUCUCCAGGGUGGCAGCUGAUUAAGGCCCUCCCAGGUAGCCCAGUCCAUGUAGCUGUUUGACUCCAUUUUUCAUUGGUCUUCGAAGGGGUCUUGCCCAAAGAAGGCUGGAGGGAGAGGGCCCUCAGUCUUGCAUACUUAACAAGGUGGCACCUCAGUAACUCUUACUACCUCACCCUAUUAAGGCGAGCUCUGGGAGUCCCUGGCCUCGCCAGACACUGCCCCCAGUGGGACUUAGCAACACCCAGGUUGCUUCACAAGCAAGCUAAUUAACUCACAAAGCCUUUUUGGAUGUUAAUAUUUAUUUAUUUUUUGUUUUUGUAUGCAUAUUACCCAGCAUCUCUUUUGAAUGAAAGAGUUCAGGAAAAUGAGUUUCUCCCCAGCAAGUAGCCAUAUUCCAGGGAAUAGUCCUGGCCAGAGAUUUGGGGAACAGGUGUAUAAUCAGGGAGAAUGUGUCAAGCCUUUUAAACAAGUCAGUUUUCUCUCCAGAUGUCUGUAGCAGAGUAAAUCCACAGAACCCUUUAGGUAAGUUCUGGAAAGUUGGGGCCAGUUAAAUUUUCCAGACUUUUUAUUCCCCUUCUAUCCUGAGAUGGUGUAGAUUGGGGAUUAAAUUGAGAGGAUCAGGUCACAUGAAGGACCUUUUUACAAUUUCUUAUCCUUUCUAAACAUGGGGACCCUCCUAUCUGUCUAUAUUAAGAAACAUGACCAAACCAAAGCUCUGUCUCUAAUAGGCCUACUGCCUCUCUUGCCAGUCGAAAUUGAGAAAGCCUCAGAAUGGAGCACAGGAUUCUCUAGUCCUUUUCCAGAUGACAGGAUACUCUCAAGUGCCACCUCCAGGCACCAGUGUCUAGUUAAAGGCCCACCUUUCAUCAUCUAAACCCAAAUUGGGACAUUCUCCUCAGGAAGAGUAAUGCCGAGACUUCAUUCCUGAUUGGCUUCUCACCUUCCUAACCAUUAGGAAUUUAAGAAGGGGAAUGUAACAGGCCAUGAGCAAGUAUCUACCAAGAUUUUCAAGCUUUAGGGUUCCUCCCAGACUGUUGGUGAGGACUGGGUUUUGAGGGGGUCAGUUUGAGAGAGGUAGUACUUUUGGAUCAGAUAACUGAAAGUGGAUAAUCAUACUGGAGAAACCCUUUUCUUUAACAGUUAUUGUGGAUGCUGGGUGGUCUGUAUACUUAAUUUGAAACUGUGAAGUUUUCCCUUUUUGCCAGUGAACCAAAACACAUAUCCUUGAAACUUUGCCCUUGAAACACUAAACAAAAGAACUGUACCCUCUAAUGCCCCGAAGGCUUAGUGGUUGAUCAGGGAGGCCCAGUCGGUCCCAGUCAGAUAUGUAGCAACAGGAUCAGUAGCUCAUGAGUGUCACUGACCAAACCCUACCCUGCUGGGUGUCCCCUGUAUUCACAUUGAACUCUCCUGUGUGAAGUCACACUGAAGUCCCCUUCUGUGCUUCCUCUGCCUCUAGCUCACGCUUUUCUGAGUUUUACUUGAACACUAUAUUGUGACAAAGGGCACUCUAGAGUACCUGUGGCUCACUGAUGCCAUAGCAUCCACUGGAAGCUCUGCUGAACAGUAUCUGGUGGAAGGGAUUAAUUUUAUUUUGUCUUUUUAAAUUUUUCAACCUAAUGCUCAUUUGAUUGUGUUGCCCCCUCUCUCCAGGAACCCAGUUUAGCACUGUCCCCUUCUGUAGUGCUCUGAAGUUCUAUUUACCCUUGAAUGUUCUCUCUUCUGUUUUCCCUUUUUCUUUUGAUCUGAACUCAGGACCAGUUACAUAAUUUGCAAAGCCGUCUGGUUCACAAAUUGUUAGGAAUUUCAAUAUGGCAACUGUAGAGCGUUAAACCAAACAUGAGGCCAUUCCUGAUUUGUUUCCUGAGGUGAAACUGCAAUCCUUGUUUGGCAUGCUGGGAUGAACAGAGUCUGCUUGUGGCUAGAAUGGGAUCAGUACCUGGCACUCCAGUGACGCGAUGGCUCACUGAUGCCACAGUAUCCACUGGAAGGAAGCUUUACUGAACAGUAUCUGGUCCUGAGUUUUAAGACUCCAAGAAGUCCCUUUAAUUCAUGGUUAGUUGGAAAGAAAGGAGGUAAGGAGGGGGUUGGGUCCAGGCGACCCCUAAAAACCAAGAAAUGGGCAAAAGUUCUUUUUCACUUAAUGUUCUGAUCUAUUAGCACCACUUUUAUCUCCAGGACAAAUCUGGCUUCAAUGCCUUUUUUCCUGUCAGGUUUUUGCUACUGAUGACCACCCCCCAACACACACACUCCUUUCCGGCCUCCUGCUGUGCUCUCUUUUCCCCAGAUCUCUCAACUUUGAAAGUGAAAUUAAAUCCCUUUGUAGACAGACACUGAAUUUUUUUGGCAGGGAGUGGGUUGUGUGGAGCAGUCUGAGCCCAUCUGGGAGUCCCCACAUGUCCUUUUUCCCUAAAUCCUGCACCAAAUGAGACAGGAAGCAGGGUACACAGCAUUAGUUUCAGAGUGAUUAUGCAUUAUAACAACAUCAGAAUGAAAAUGAAACAUUUGAUUUUGAUGUUUCUUUAACACCAUCCCCUGUGCAACCCUCCCAAACUUCCCCCAUCUCUAAUAGCUAAUGUCUCUUAUGAAACGGAAAAGAGUUGUUGAUGUCUAACUCCUUCCAUUAAAUUAAUAAGUACUGACCUCCUAAUAUUUAAGUGUUUACUAUCUAUUGCUGUAAAGUUUUGUAUAUUUUGUAAACUUUUUUUCCCAAAUAGUAGAUGUCUAAAAUCGUUGUACAUCUGAUUCUUUUAUAUUCCAUUGUUCAGCACAAAGUGUGGUUUUUAUUUAG